CAUUCGGGCACUCACGCUACGCCACACAUGGCCCGGACUCGGGCCCAGACAGCGGCCCAGGGGCGGCUCGCAUCGCCGGCGCCAAAAAUUCAAGGUAAUAAUCUCUCGCGGCGCCAAGAUGAAAUCCUUUGUUAACAGUUGGCAGGAAAGCAGCCCCUGGGCAUCCAGUCGCGUAGAAGCCCAACUCGAAGGCGCGGUCGCAUCCAAGAGCAAUCCGCUCCCAAGCGCGCCGAACGCGAUCGGCCACGUUCCUCUACAUUUGAAGAAACGCUAUCUGCACAGCAGCCACCAGUACCCGCCCAGAGUCGAGGCCGCAAACGCAAGCAAUCUGUCGAGUACAGCCCCGACACAGGCUAGAAGCGACAACGGACAUCGCCCGACACGCCCCCUGCCGAGACCACGUUCGGCGAGCCAGCGAUUGGCAGCGGCGACCCCACUGACCCAAUUGCGUUCUGGGCGAAAGAAGGGCACUGGCCAGAGGACCUGUUCAGGCCCGAAGACACCUUGGAGAUGGUUCCCACUAUGGAGCGUCUGCUUGCGCGGAAGAAAUCCCCAUCCAACUUGUCGCGUAAGCGGUCCAACUCUGCCACUUCCACAACGGCGAGCGAUUAGAAGCCGCGAGAGGCGAAGAGCGCACCAUACCGAGACCAGCGUUAUGAGACCCUGCUCGAGAUCAGAGGCAGCUAUAUGACCGAGUCUCCCUUGGACUUGGCCGGCGCCAGCCAGCAUCUCUGCCAGUCUCUCCUCGAGAAGACGCAGCCAGUUCCCGGCGAUAUACUUUUCCGCGACGACGUCUUCAGAAUGACGUGCCAGAAGAUACAUAACAAAAACGAGGCGCGAAUCAUCCAAGAUAUUACUCGGCUCAUUGUUCCUUCAGCCGAAAGUCUUGCCACGUUCGGUGCAAACCACCUUGACAUCUUGGUUGAGAGCGUCAACGAGGGGUGGAACAACUCGAUGCCUCUCACCGGCACCCGUCCUCAGCCGGACUACUCGGUCGGCUUCAAACGGGGGGCAUUCACCGAUGACCAGUUCGCCAAGCUGUCGCCAUUUAUCGGCGGCUUCAUCUCCGGGGACCAGUCCUUCUUCAUGGCCACGUACUACAUGUACCUCCCAUUCCUGACAUGCGAGUGCGGCGCCGCGGGGCUCGAUGUCGCAGACCGGCAGAACGCCCACAGCAUGACCCUCGCGGUGCGGGCCAUCGUCGAGCUUUUUCGUGCUGUGGAGCGUGAGCGUGAAGUCCACCGCCAGAUUCUCGCCUUCUCAGUCUCGCAUGACCGCAGGUCAGUGCGGAUUUACGGCCACUACCCUGUGAUAGCUGGGAAAGACACAAAGUACUACCGUCACCCGAUCCGCGCAUUCUCUUUUACUACGCUCGACGGCAAGGACAAAUGGACAGCGUAUCGAUUCACCAAGAAUGUUUACGACAUUUGGAUGCCUUCUCAUUUCAAGAAUAUUUGCUCCGCCAUUGAUCAGUUGCCGUCGGAAUUGGACUUUGAUGUUCCACCGCUUCCUGAGGCAACAGGACUUUCCCAAGAAUUAGGGUCCUUGAUGCAGUUAGAUGCUGGCUCCGUUUCAGAGCUUGUCGAACGGGACGUCCAGUCGAGCAACGCUGAGCAGCAAGGUGUCACUCCAGGCACGUCAUUCAUAGGGCCAGGGGUGACAAAGAGGAGAAAGGGCUAAGUUUGGAGAUAGGCUUCGUUUGGAUAUCAAGAUAUUAUGAUAGUCUGUCACUCUGUAUUUUUGGGGACGGUUGACUUAGGGGGUAAUUAGGAGGAGGACGACGACAUCGUCGAUCGCUUACGCUGCCGGAAGCGGCCUGCUCGAUGUAACGUGCUGUGCACUAGAAGAGGUUCUCCAAGGGAGAUCUCAGAGGUUCAGGUCACUCAGCGGUCUGGAAGAUGUGCGGGGUGGUAGUGCAUUCACCCUCUAGAUCCCUUGACAGGGGGCCUUGCAGGCCCUAGUUAUACAUGGUGCUGUGGCGGCCCCCGGCCACCCCGCUAUGAUCCUUCUUUGGGGCUUGGACAUGGUGCUUGUGGGGUGUUACACUCGAUUCCUCGACGGCGGGGAAUGACGAGGACCUCCCCCCGAAAUCCCUCACCCCGCGCGCCAUGAUUUCGCCCGUUCUAGGCUCGCAUCCCUGCGGCCGUCCGCCCAAAACAGCUUAUUGCCUGUCCUGAACAAGUUGAGAGUGGGCUGUCAGGUGCCAAAACCCCUUUCCAUGAUUCCCGCCGGGCCUGGCGCAGUGGGAAACAAAUAUAUUCACGCGUUUUAAAAACUGUAUGGUGUCGGGCGUCCAGCAGGGGAAAAGGAUAUCUUUUAUAACCUUAACGUCUUCGUUUUUUCCCUGU